AAACGAUACGAUGACACUUCGGUCGUGGGUUUUCGUUUGUCCACAACGAUGGCACCAUCACCAAAUUGAAAAUUUUCAUUCAAUUUUGUUAGUAUUCACUCGCCUGAAGGUUACAUUUGUUUGAGCCUGAAAAGGCUGGAGUUCAGCAGGAAAUUGGAGGCUCGAUAUUUGGCCGACAGGUAAGGCUAACGUUGAGUAUCGCAACAGAAGAAUUAAAUUGGUACCGUGCUAGUUUAUUUUUUGCGAGAAAGUGACGCAAACGACCUUUUGUUGAAAAUAAAAUAGAUACCACUACAGUAAACAACAAAAAUACUAAAAUGAGCUGGCAAGAUUAUGUGGACAACCAACUACUGGCCUCGCACUGUGUAACAAAGGCUUGUAUUGCUGGACAUGAUGGCAACAUCUGGGCUCAAUCCAAGGGAUUUGAGAUUACAAAAGAGGAGUUGGCAAAAUUAAUUGCAGGAUUUGACCAACAAGAUCUGCUAACAAGCAAUGGUGUCACAUUAGCGGGCCAAAGAUAUAUCUACCUUUCUGGUACAGAUCGCGUCGUACGCGCAAAACUAGGCCGCAGCGGAGUGCAUUGCAUGAAAACUACACAAG